AAAGCCCUUUACGUUAUCCAGCUGUUCUGUUCUUUCUAGUUGCUUACGUCUCUUCUGUUUCUCUCUCUGUGGAUGAUACAACAGGACAGGACAGGACAGGGGCUUAUAGUCAUAGCCAUAGAUGGGGAGGAUGAAGAUGAAAUCUUUCAAAGAAGAAUUUACGUUCAAGGAACGAUGCGAAGAAUCACAAGAUAUCACCGCCAAAUACCCUGAUAGAGUGCCCGUGGUUGUAGAAAGGUAUUCAAAAACGGACCUCCCUGAGAUGGAAAAGAAAAAAUAUCUGGUACCCCGAGACAUGUCUGUUGGGCAAUUCCUUCACAUCCUGAGUGUUAGGCUCCAUCUGGCCCCUGGAAAAGCUCUCUUUGUAUUUGUGAAGAAUACUUUGCCUCAAACAUCACUUUUGAUGGAGUCUGUCUAUGAAUCAUUCAAGGACGAAGAUGGUUUCCUUUACAUGUGCUACAGCAGCGAGAAAACCUUUGGUUAUGCUAAGACCCUGAUAUGCGAACACUAUCCUUUGUAAAUUCUCAGAAUAUGCUCAUUGUUGUGGACUGACAUCAAAUUAUAUGUACUAAAGUAUCUUUGUGUGGAUUGGAACUUGUACAGGGUUAUCCAUUUUGUACAUUAUCCAAAUGUUGGUAAUGCUUGAUAUAUAUUUGGAGAUGUCAACCUCUUUCCUCUUUCCAUCAAAAACUACUUACGUUUCUUU